GAUUUAGUCGACUUGAAUUAAUAUCGAAUAUCGAGAUUAUCGCAGUUUCAAGUUGAGUAUUUUCAGGUGCACAUGGGCUACAUCAGCUGAUUUUGAAACGUAACAAAAUAACGCAAGCACUUGAGCUGACGGGAGCGAAAAAAUAAGUUAUUUAAUAAUAUGAGAAUGAGAAUGAGAAUAACAAAGUAAAAUAUCUAUAAAUAAACGUAAGUUUACAGAAGUGUGAAUUUUCUUUACCGGUUCUAUGUCGUCAAAGAUUGAAGAAUGAAAAGUUGCAAGGAUUUCAUCACUACCCGCCACAUCCAUACGUGUAAUACCCUUCUGAAGACAAUACCGAGCAACCUGAAGGGCAAGAGCUCUAGCUCCCAGAGAUGGUUAGUCCGACAAAUUCAGGAUCCGUUUGUGGAGAAGGCGCGACAGGAGAAUUGGCGUUGUAGAAGUGCAUUUAAACUCCUAGAGAUUAAUGAAAGAUUUAAUAUUCUCGCACCGGGGAUGACAGUUGUUGACUGUGGAGCUGCACCUGGAAGUUGGACCCAAGUUGCAGUGAAGGCAACGAAUUCCCAUGGCAAAGACAAAGAAAAAAGGAUUGGAAAAGUGUUGGCUAUUGAUAGAAAUCCGAUUCAUCCUGUGGAGGGUGCAAUUGUUCUGGGGAAUCUAGAUUUUACGACUGAUAGAGGACAGAAACGACUGUUGGAGACUCUGAAUGGUGCCAGAGUGGAUGUAGUACUGUCUGAUAUGGCUCCCAAUGCCUCAGGCAUUAGAGACAUUGAUCAUGAAUUAAUCACGGAUCUCGCUUACUCCGCACUCACGUUCUCUGUUCAAUUUUUAAAUCCUGACGGUUGUUUUAUUGUGAAGUUGUGGGAUGGCCGAAGAGCUCCACAAUUUGAAAAAGAUGCAGAGAGAUUUUAUAAAACUAUUAAAAUUGUUAAGCCUAUUGCCACCAGAGACGAAUCCACUGAGAAAUUUAUUUUGGCUAGAGGUUUCAAGGGCCUUAAAACGUGAUUGUGAUUCAUUUCAUUUAUAUUAAAUGAAUCCCGAAUUAUGUACAGACAAUUAUUAAUUGAAACAAUUAUGAUAUUUCAUGUAAUCGAUUUUUUAAUAACAAUAAUACGUUCAUGAAAAAAUGGUGAAAUAUUUUGGUAUAUAAUUCUACCAAUUAUUGAUAACCCAUUCGGUAUUUGUAUUUUCAUAGUUUUGAUUUUUUAAAUCUUAACUUCAAUUAAUAAAAAAGUAAUGACUGAUUUUCUAUUCGUUUAAGGCCCGGUUGGAUUAUCUGGAAUAGAUGAUUUACUCCAAAAUUGGCACACCUAAUUACUCCAUCAAUUAAUCGAU